UGACUCAUCGCAACGUCCAUCUCUUCCCCCUGUACAUGUCUGCGAUGUUGGCGGUAGCUACGACAAGCUCGCUAUCCAUUACGGAGACCCAGAGCCUACGACGGGCGACCUCUCUCGCCCCGACCUGCACGCUCGACUCACCACCGACAUGCCACGCCUGGACACCCGAUAACUCCUCCCUCAUUCUCGCCCAAUGCUACUCCAUCUCCCGCUAUGACCCCUCUGGAACAUUCACGAAGACGCUUUACGACGAUGCGACCGGCGAGUCCGGUGCGAUCACGGCGCUCGCGGGCGAGCGGGUGCGCAUCCUCGACGCACACACGGGGAAGAUAUCCAGCACGUUUGAUACCCACAAGGCACCCGUGGUGUCGCUCUCCCUCUCGAACGACGCCAGCCUCCUCGCGUCUACCUCCGCGAACGCAGUCCAUGUCCACAACCUCACGCACGGCGCGCAUACCGUCCUGAGGGGGAUACCCGCUGGGGAGUGCGUGAUGACAUGUGCGUUCCAUCCGCAUGCGAGGACGAGGCUCCUGGUGGGCACUGGCGCUCGGGUACUGGUGUACGAUACGACGCGGCCGAGUGGGCCGCUCAAGACGAUUGCGGUGAGCACGAAGAAGGACAGCAGCGGGGAGAUCGUGUCGAUAGCGAGCAGUCCGUUCAGCAAGACGCUCGUUGCGGUUGCCUGCAGCGGCGGCUCGAUCGCUCUUGUGGAUCUGGAGAAGGACAGAGACAAGAGUGUGUACAAGACCUGGAGCGUGCAUGUCCCAAUUACGUGUCUUGCGUUCUCGGCGGACGGCGCCGUCCUCUACGUGGGCACCGAGAAUGGAAAGGUGCUAGGCCAAGACCUGCGCUCGCUUGACAAGCCUCCGAGAUCUACCACCGUCAGCGAAAACGGCGACCGUGUAGUAGCAUUGUCCAUGCAGAAGAAACUCAAGCCUGAAGACACCGCUUCUCCGGCAAAGGCAUCAGCCGCAAGCAAGAAACCAGCUCCGAGCAAGCCCCUGGUACAACAAGACCAGAACAAGACCUCUGCGCCCCGUUCAGCCACCGCGAGGUCGGAUAAGCCCGAGAAGAAGACUGUCACGUCUCCACUAGCGUCCCGCACCCUUGCAGCUCGAGGGAGCCCCGCAUUGAGGUCGAGGGUCACUUCGAGUGGCUCGCCUCGCGCGGUACGCCCGCGCGCAGGUGCGGGUGUGAAGUCGCCUGCGGCCAGGAAGAUCAGUGCCGGUGGUGUCUCGAAGAAGAUCUUCUCUCCUCCGAGGUCUCCGCCUAUGCGGAGAGGACAGACUGAUGAGGAGCCUGAAGACUUGAAUGUGUCUGUCCGUAUUGAGAACCUACUCAACCUUCCCGUGUCCACCCGCGCGAAGGAGAACAUCAUUCCGGCUGGCAGCUCACUUGAACCAGUCACGGAGGGCAUGCCUCCCUCCAUCUCUACUGCCGCUCCGCGUGCCACAACCCGCACGGCAACCGCUGCGGAACACCGGACGCGAGCGGACGGCACUAACCUCCGCCGAGCCUCCGCGUUGUCCACCGCCUCCGCAUCUACGAGGACACGCUCCGCAUCCGGGAGCACUGCAUCUAGUGGCAGAGCGAGCAAAGCGUCCACGCGCCCCACCUCCGCCGCCAGCUCGCGCACAUCGCCGUCUGCACCUCCCGUUCCCAAGGUCCCCUCAGCGUACCGGGCGAAGGGUACCUCGCGCCAGUCGCUGACCCCGAGUCCAGAAUUGCCGGACGUAGAUGAGGACGCGCCUGCUACUCCGCUGCCAAUGGGCAGGCGUGCUGGGAAGGCAAAGGCCGGCGGGAUGGGUAUCCUAGGGCUCGGUACGCCCGAGGUGGACCGGUGGAUCAAGGCGGGCGAAGUCGGUGUUGCAAACAAGGAACAUAAUAGAGCAGAUGGCAAGAAGGUAGGAUUCGCGGGCGAUGGCGAUGAUGACGAGGUGGAGUUCGCUCGUCGAGUGCCGCUGCCUGGCGAUGCUGUUACGGAGCCCGCGUUUGCAAUGCAGGUGUCCCCCGCACGACGACCGGGAUUGGCCUCGGGUUCGAGCGCAUCCUGGGCUGCAGCCCCCUCGCCGCUGCGCAACCUCUCCCACUCGGCGUCGCAGCCCCACCUGGGCUCGCCCAACACACGCGCCGCGGCAGGGCUGCUGCAGACUCUACUCCGCGACGCGAUGUAUGAGUUCCGGCAGGAGACGCACGGGGAGCUCGUUGGGCUGCAUCUGGAUAUGCUGAGAAUGGGUCGCGGGCUGCGGGGCGAGAUGCGUGCCGCUGUGGAUGAGUUCCGCGGGGAGAUCUCGGUGCUGAGGGAAGAGAAUAGGGCGCUGAAGGAGGAGAACGAGAGGUUGAAGAGGGGGUAUUAG